UACGAUCUUAGAUACUUCAACUUCAGCUACAUUAUUCACGUAGCUGAAGUUGCGUAUCUGAGAUUGAUUUUCCCCCGUAGUGCAGACCAGCCCCUAUAGGACCCUGCCAGGGCUCAGGGUCCCAGAGUUUGGGCUUGAGCCCAGACCACAGUUGAACAGCACCUUAGGCUACGCCUGAGUCAGCUGGCAUGGGCCAGCAGUGGGUGUCUAAUUACAGUGUAGACCAGGGGUAGGCAACCUAUGGCAUGGGUGCUGAAGGCAGCACGCGAGCUGAUUUUUCAGUGGCACUCACACUGCCUGGGUCCUGGCCACUGGUCCAGGGGGCUCUGAAUUUUAAUUUAAUUUUAAAUGAAGCUUCUUAAGCAUUUUAAAAACCUUAUUUACUUUACAUACAACAAUAGUUUAGUUAUAUAUUAUAGACUUAUAGAAAGAGACCUUCUGAAAACAUUAAAAUGUAUUACUGGCGUGCGAAACCUUAAAUUAGAGUGAAUAAAUGAUGAUUCGGCACACCACUUCUGAAAGGUUGCCGACCACUGGUGUAGACAUACCCUGCUACUAUCUUGCAUGCAUGUUGACCUAAAAGGGACAUGUAGUAACAGAUGUGGGAAAUAAAGCUUGCUAGGACAUAUCAGUUUUGCCCUGGCUUAUGAAUGUAUGUUGGAAUGUUAUUUAUGUUUAGAUUGACAACAAAUAGUUGAAAAAUGUGCACUUAUCCUAAAUUUUUGGUGCCACGGACAAUGGUUUGAAAGCACAACAAAACAUUAACCACUCUCUUCCUCCAACCAGCAGCAACCUCCAGCACAUACAGUAGCAAUAAAUUUCACCAUAUGGUGAAUAUCACUAUAUAAUCAUAACUAACCUGUGUGUGAGUUAUUUUGACAAAUUAUUUUUCAGACCAAGAGCCAUUUACUUCUACAGGUUCUAAACUAAGCCUAUUUUUAUACUCUGUCUCAAAAUCCUCACAUAGAAUGACUUGUAUACCAAAACCCUGUCAAUGUUGCGUACUCUGAAAUAACUGCUGAGUACUUUAGUUUAUUCUACUGUAAUCUAUUAACAGCAGAUCUCUUCCUUUAUUUUAACAAUUGGCCCUCUGCAGUAACUUUUGAGGCUUCUGUUACCCCAAAGACCCAAUCGAUAGUGUAGGGGCACUAAUUUUUUCUAAGGCAUUCACUGUUACCUGGUCCAAAUGCAGGUAUUAAAUAUUCUGUGAACAAUAUAAGCCUCGUUUUUUCUCCUGCAGGUGGCCCAUUCAGCAGGCCCUCUUCUAGGGUUAGACUGGUUGUAGCCCAGGAUAUUUGGCUACCUAUACUGUUGAUUACAGACUACAGUUACCAACCUCCUCUCCAUAUCUCAUGGGGUUUUUUUUUGGUGUCAGUUACCACAGUCUGUAGGAUGAAAAAAGCUUUCAUGAGGGGCAAUACGACAUAGCACACAUUGGUUUAGUAGACAGAUAAAUAGCUCAGUGAGUCUUUCAUUGACAUUGAUUUAGAGCACUAAGGCUGUGACCUUCCUUGGUCUCUGCACUGCCAUGAGGGAGGCCUGCCUGAGUGCAGUUCUUUGCCUCGCUCCCUUCACUCCCCCACUUCAAGCCCAGCAGGACAGGGCUGGAGAUGUUGUGGAGAGAGUGUGCUCAGCCUCUGGCUGGAGGAAGCACCUUAUGUUGCCCUGUAGUGAUCCCUUUGUCUGAUUUAGGAGCUGUGAAUGAGGGGCAGGUCUCUUAUGGUCCACUUUGGUGACCAAGAUGGUAAUCUCCAUUGAAAGGAGUUAACAAUGUCAUAUUGGGGAUGGGGAAAAAAAAGAAGAGACCUUGGGGUUCAGAGACUCCUCACAGUCAGAGAGGAAUUUUCCUACACUUGGGUAUGGGGUGCCCUUCCUCAUUUAUUAGCCACAUCUAAGUCAGAGCUGCUGUCUUACCACUUACAGGCCGCUUAUAGUUAUCCUUCUGUUCAUGCUCCCACAGUAUAAGUACAGUUCAUCUGGCACCCAAUCAGAAAUCACUAUGAUAGGGCUCCCAUCAAAUCAGCAAAUAUUUUCAGGCAAAUGUCUUAAACUGAGUCAGUACCCAUCACUAUAAGCGGGAGGUGAAUUUAGGAGUUGUUAGAAGAAAUUUUCUAAUAAUGGGAUGCUCCAGUAAUGAAGUUGUAUGCUACACAAAAACCCCUUAAAUCAACAACUUCCAAUUGUUUUGUAUCCAGUGAGAGGAGGGACAGAUUGACCCACUCACUUAACAGACUUCAAUGCUGAUUCUGGGAAGCUUUGCAACUCUUAGAAACAUAUCCAUUUACCAUUAUAAUGGUAAAUAUUGCCUCAUCAUUGGGGCCCUACCAAAUUCACAAUCCAUUUUGAUCAGUUUCAUGGCCAGAGGAUUCUAAAAUUGAUCAAUUUCAGAUGUUUACAUCUGAAAUUUCAGGGUGUUGUAAGGGGGGGUCGCUUUUCUGGCAGUGGGGAUUCCCAGCUAGGACCCUCCCCAGCUGGGGUGCUUCCAGCAGCAGGGGGAAAUUACAAGUCUUCUCCAGCUGCAGGAACCUCUGGGUCUGCUGCCCAGCCCCACAGCUUCCUGCAGCUGGUGGAGGCACAUAGAGGUGGGUCUGGUCUCCCCCUGAGAAUGGUUGUGGACAGGAAGGACAAGUCCUGUUCUCCACAGCCUGGUGGGGACUUGAAGCUAGGAGCCUUGCGGUUGGGGUGCUCCCAGCAGCAAGGGGAGGUCAGAUUUCACUGGGAAGGUCUUAUUUCAUGGUCAGGGACACCUUUUUCAGGGCUGUGAAAUUGGUACAGACGUACUCAUCAUCUACAGCAAAGAUACAUAGAUCUACUUUUGGUGUUAGCUAUGGCUCCUACUAGCCUUACUCUCCACUCACAUGCUUGGCGACCCUAAUGGAAGAGACCUGGUUGGCUGACUUCAGGACCUGUAACAAAACAUGGUUAAACUAGGGAAAUACAACAUAGAUGGAGCUACUAUAAGGUACCCUAAGAGUGAGACACAGCUCUAAGGCAGGCAGCAAGAGUGAGGAAGCAGAAUGUUGUCAAGGCCAAAGCCUGGAGAGUCUGAAGCAGAUCUGCUGCGAUUUCAGAAUCAGUUCCUGGCAGCAAGGGCUUCCCCGGCAGUGAAGGUCGUGAAGAAAACAGACAAGAGGCGAGGAGCUGGUGGCAGUGGAGAUGAGGAGAGACCCCCACUGCAGGACAGCAGGGAUGUGGUGUUACUAGAUGACUUUCCUGAUGUGCUCCCGGCCCUAAUUCCAGCACCCCCAAAGAAGUCCAAGUUCAAAAAUGCCUGUGUCCGCUUUGAUGAUGAGGAUCCAGAGGAGCGAUUGGAGUGUCAUGAUCGACACGUCACGGCAGUCUUCAGCAAAAUCAUUGAACGAGACACAAGCAUGGCAGCUGUGACCAUGCCAGUGCCCACUGGAGACCCGUUUCCCAGAGCAUUUCACCGGUAUGAAGUAAAAAAUGAGGUGAAGGUGGAAUCUGGAAGAAAAAGUAUCUUUGCACAGAAGAUAGCUGCUAAGAGAGCAGCUGAAGAGGCUGUGACAGCUCCACCUGCUGUUGAGACUAGGCAUACACACAGAAGAUUAGCAGUUCCAGGUGCCAUCUGUUCCCCUGGAUCAGCAGAGGAGGAGCCACUCCACAGCACUAAGGAUAGCAAACGUGAUGAUGAUGUGAGCUUUCUGCGACCUCAUAUCAUAACUGGAGAGGGUCUUGGAAACUUGGAGAGUGAGCGAGAAGCUCUGGCUAUCCAUGAGGAGAACCUACAGAAGUUGCACUCCAUGACCCAGGAGGAAAUCCUACAGGAGCAGAGGAGGCUGCUGGUUCAGCUGGAUCCCAGCUUAGUUGCUUUCUUAAAGUCGCGACGUAGUGUUGAUGAAGGCCAGGAGAGACGAGAGAAGCCUGGACAUCCAGAACCUGGGACUGAAUCUCAGCAUUAUGGAGAGGAGACUGUGAAGGAUUUCGCUGUAGGGGGGUCAGGCAUGGAGGAGUCUGUGCGGCCUGAAAAAGAUACAAGAAUGGAAAUCACAGAAGUUGACCUUCCCAUCAAGCCCCAGAAGGAAUGGAUCCACAUGAACAAUGUGGAGUUUGAGAAGCUGGAGUGGAUAAAGGAUCUGCCCCACCCCCGGCAGAGAAGAACCAAAAAGGGAAUGCAAGCACGAUUUAGUUUGAAAGGAGAAUUGAUUCCUCCUGAUUCAGAUUUACCUACUCAUCUUGGUCUACACCAUCAUGGAGAAGAAGCAGAAAGGGCUGGUUAUUCCCUCCAAGAGCUCUUCCACUUGUGCCGCAGUCAGAUCAUUCAGCAGAGGACAUUGGCAUUACAGGUGCUAGGCCAUGUUGUCCAGAAGGCCAAGGCUGGGGAGUUUGCCUCCUCCCUGAAGGGUAGUGUCCUGCGCUUGCUGCUCGAUGCUGGAUUCCUCUUCUUGUUGCGCUUCUCCUUGGAUGAUACGGUGGAUAAUGUCAUUGCAGCAUCCCUCCGGGCUCUCCAUGCGCUGCUGGUGUCCCCUGAAGAUGAGGAGUAUCUUGAUCAGACUUUCUCAUGGUACCAGGGGAUGGCUGUGUUCCCCUUCACUCCCAGCAGGGAGGAGGAGGAGGAGGAGGAAGAGGAAGAGGAAGAAUUGACUCUAAUGGAAAAAACACAAGGGAAAAAAUCAAAGGUUGAAAACAAGUCAGAUCCAGAUGUGGCCCGGUAUGAUGUCAUAAAGGGGCUUCUGAAGACACAGUUUCUUCAACGGCUGAGGUACAUCCUUGAGAUGGUGCGACCAGUCCCUGCUGUAGUUCUGGACAUCCUGGAUAUUCUUAUCCGGGUAGCAAGGCACUCCUCUGAAGCAUGCAGUCAGCUCCUGGCCUGUCCUCGGCUGAUUGAGACCAUCGUUAGAGAGUUUCUCCCUGUUCAGUGGGAUCCCCGGGUAGCUGAACCAGGCCACUUGCUCACCAGCCUCCAUGGCGUUGCAUGUGCCACCGCCAUGAAGUUAAUCAGAGUCCUGGCAUCUGGGGGGAGGAAUGCAACAGCCAGACUGCUGAAUAAAUUUGAGCUGAAGAGUCGACUGAGUCGGUUUAUAGCUGAAGAUCCCCAGGACCUGCCUCUGCGCAGGGAGGAAGCCAUAAGGCUGAGCACUGAGGCUUUCCGGCUGUGGGCUGUGGCUGCUGGCUACGGUCAGUCCUGUGAUCUCUACAGGGAUCUCUACCCUGUGCUGGUGAAGAUUCUCCAGUCCCUGCCCCACUUGCUUAGUGAUUGCCAGGAAAACCCCACAUUUCCACUUUCCAUCCAGCGAGCUACAUCUGUGAUCACCCUGCUGACCCACGUGACUCAAACUGCAGGCUGCACGGCAGAGCUGCAGGCCCGGCUCGGCAGCAGUGGUCCAGGAGAUGGAGAGCAGAUUCCUCCUCCACCAGUCACCUGGAAUCAGGUGUCAGGCCUGAGACCCUUCCUGGAGACCAAUCUGAGGAGGUCUGUCCAGGAAAUGUCCCAGCUGGAAACCUGGCAAGCUCUCCAGCCUCUUACAACAACAUACAUCAUCUACUUGGGGGUUUACUACAGCGUUUGCAGCCAACAGCCAUCACUCAAUCCAAUUGACUGCCUGGAGGAAGUGGAGCGUUUGACAUCUGAGGUGCUGCUGCCUCUCUUCAGCCAGCCUGCCAUGCACAGAAUGUGGGAUCUGCUCAGGCCGUGCUCUGCCCUAUGCAAUCCCUUGUCCUGUUCCCCAGCACCAGAGUCUGUCCCCAGCAUUGUGUCUUUGAGUUGCACUGGAGGGAAACCCCAGAUGAGUUUAGUUGGCUCCAAGUCACCCUUCCCCUUCCUCACUGCCCUCCUCUUCCUCAUCAACAACAUCACCCAUAUCCAUAAAGGGCUGGUCAGCAAGUACACCUCUGUGCUAGACUUGAAAGGUCUGAAGGACUAUCUGCUCCAGAGCUGGCCCACCGGACCCCUCUCCAUAACCCCUUCAUCUGCCUGGAUCCUGCGGCAUGAAUACCAUCUGCAAUACUUUGUGCUAGCCUUGGCUCAGAAAAUGGCAGGUGUUUGUCCGGAUUACACCCAGCAUGCCUCGCUCCAUCAUUGUGUUGCCAUGGCAUUGUUAAGCCGUCUGUUGCCAGGGAGUGAGCAUCUGGCUCAUGAGCUCCUUUUGGGUCUUGCCUUUAAUCCAGAAUUCAUUCCAGAAGGGAAAACUGGAGGGCCAGAAGCAGCUGAUUUCUCCGAUAUCCUACAUCUGGGCACAAGCACAAAGCUGGCACAACCUGGCUCAGUGGCUGCAGGUUUCCCCAAACCCCACCGCGGUGUGUUGCUGGGAGAAUCAUACCAGCAUCUUCCUUUCAUUCGUGCCUGUUACCUCUCUCAGUUUGUUCACUUGGAGCCUGCUCUUGCCCGUUCCCAGGUAGCCUACCAAGGGCAAACUUACCUCGUCCAAUCGUUGCUGCUUCCUGAAGUCAAAGGGCCCAUCCUACCUUCUGACUGGCCAUUCCUUCCUCUUAUCAGCCUCUACAACAAAGUGACCGGUGCAGAGACGGGAGGGGCUGUACUGAACACUCUUCCUCCUGAUCUAGUGAACACUGUGACCCGGAAUCUGCAGUGGAUCCUGCUCCUGGAAACGUGGCGUGCCGGAGUACUUCAGAACAUCCCAGCUGCUGCCAAACUGGCACGGCUUAUGUGUGUGUUCCUCACAGGCGGUGACCUGUUCCUGGAAGGACCUGUUCAUUGCUACACAGCUGCCCUUCUCGCUCUGUAUUGCCAACCCAAGGUCCUGGACUCCUUGGAAUUGGAUGCUCCUCUCCCUGGCUUGGCAUCAUUCCAUGACCUCUAUAUAAGUGUCCUGGAGCAGUUUGAAGGAGUCUCCUUCGGUGACCCACUUUUUGGAGCCUUUGUUCUCCUCCCUUUGCAGAGGCGGUUCAACGUUCAGCUGCGGCUGGCAGUUUUCGGGGAGCAUGUGAGCACCUUGAGAGCCCUGGGAGUGCCACUCAAACAGUUUCCUGUGCCGCUGGAGCGGUACACCUUGCCUCCUGAGGACAACCUGAACCUCUUGAGACAGUAUUUCCGAACACUGGUCACUGGUGCGCUGCGUCAUGCCUGGUGCCCCGUUCUUUAUGCUGUGGCUGUGGCUCAUGUGAAUAGCUUCAUUUUCUCUCAGAAUAGCACAACAGAGGAGGCUGACGCUGCUCGGAAAAGCAUGCUGCGGAAGACCUGGCGGUUGGUGGAUGAGGUAUUGAAAAAGCAUCUUCUCUACUACAAAGUGCACAACCCAGAGAGUCCGAUGGGCGUCGACCUUUAUGAGCAGCUCCCUCCCAUUCGACUGAAGUACCUGCAAAUGGUGACCAAGAAAGAGCCCAAGGAGAACAUGCAGAUGUCAGAUCCAGAGUGAAGCAUCUCAGCAACAGGAGGACUGAGGGCUGGGAAAGGUCAUUUUAGACAAGCUGAUGAAAAAAUUAAGUGAACUCCAUGGGGUACAAUGUUGCCUGGGCAUCCUUGCCAUAUUGGCAAAGGGAAAGGCAAAUAAACCCUCUCAACACUGUGGCACAUCACAUGGCUUCUAAGGAUGUGGAUGACCUGUACGUAGCCUAGGUAUGUCUAGUGCUGGAACAUCCUUUUGAAUUCUGUUUGACUUGCUGCUGCUUGGGGCUGGAGAUUGCGAAAGAAACAUGCCUGUGUAGUGGAAUGUGAGUGCAGACUGAUUUAAUAAAACUAAAUUAAGUGAAAUAAAGUUCAGUCCUUUUUGAUAGAA